AUGUCUAUCCAACCGGACAUCUAUACAACACCAGCCCCUGCUGCAACCAUGGCCCAAGAGGGAUCGAGCUACUAUGACUCACCAUACAUGGUAGAGUUCUACAAUCUCAAGUGGGGCAAACCCAGCAUGCCAGACAUGGGUAUAUACUGGAAAAUUUUCACCGAUGCAGUCACCCAACACAGAGAAGCGGCACCAGACAAGCCCUUCUCAGUUCUCGACGUCGGAACUGGUGCCGGUCGUGUGCCAAUCGGCAACGCUCUCGCACUCGACGAGCUUCCCACCCUCUUGCCGCUAUCAGACAAGCAUAUAACUAUCGAUCUCCUUGUCUUUGCCUUUAAUAGCGUGUGCCAUAUGGAGCGGGAUGGGGAGCUCGCGCAGUUUUUCCUGCAGUACCAUACUACCAUGAACCGGAUGGAUUGCCAGGGCAAACUGUGCGUCUGUGGGGAAGAUGUACAGGUCUUCCAGCAGCUGGAUGAUGGCAGAGACAAGGAAAUUGAGGUCCAUCGGGUCAGACACUCACUGCGCUGGUUUACAAAGCCCGAAUUCUCGACUGCAAUUGAAGCGGCAGGGUUACGGAUCGUGGAAGUGAGCAAAGUGGAUGAAAGUGAAGAAACUGCCGGUUACGAUGAUAACGUUUACAUCUUGCAGCGUGCGUAA